AUGGGUCGCUCUCAGGAGCUCAGUGAAUUCAAGCGUGGUACCGUGAUAGGUUGGCACCUGUCCAAUGAGUCCAUCCGUGAAAUUUCCUUGCUGCUAAAUAUUCAUUGGUCAACUGUUAGUGGUAUUAUAACAAAGUGGAAGCAACUGGGAACAACAGCAACUCAGCCACAAAGUGGUAGGCCACCUAAAAUGGCAGAGAGUUAAGCUUGGCCCCUUAGUUCUAGUGAAGGGAACUCCUAAGGCAUCAACAUACCAAGACAUUUUUGGCAAUUUCAUACUCCCAGUUUUGUGGGAACAGUUUGGGGAUGGCACCUUC